UAUGGGUUUGAUUUUUAUUCAAACUUGCUAUCAACCAACAACUGUUCAAACUUCAACAAACAUCAAACACUCACCUCUCUUCAAAUAAUCUACUUUGAAGUGUACUUCCCAGUUUCGAACAUUCCUCAGGUCCUUUAACCGCAUCGGAGAUUUAUCACCCGAUUUCAAAUCUAGCUAUCCUACUAUUAAUCAACAUGGGUGGAGGAAAUGGUGCCAAAGCCGCUCAGAAGCGGGAACGGAAUGCUAAGACUGCGGGAACGACAGCCAAAUCGCAAUUGAAAGUGAACGAAGCAGCCAAAAACAUUCAAUGUAAAAUUUGCUUUCAAACCUUCCUUCAAACCAGUCGAGAACCUGCAUUGAAGGAGCACGCCGAGAAUAAACACAGUAAGACUCUGGCCGAUUGUUUUCCGAUGUAUAAACCUUAAGAAUCACCUUAGAACUCCGACCUUAUCCCGCCCUCUGUGUUUCAAUCUCUUGGUCUCGUUGUAUUGGAAAUGUUUCUGUGUUGUCGUUAGUGAUGUUUGAGUCAUCCGAUCGAUGUCGGAAACUUCAAGCCGAAAUCGUCCGCUCUACAUAUCUUUACCUCGCC